CAAGUACCUAUGUACCUGUUGACGUAACUUCAAAGAAACAAGACCGGUACGUACCUACCUCCGCAGCUUAUGUAUAAACGAAGGUACCUAGGUAACUACCGGUAGUAACAGGGACCCAGUAAAAAGUCGUGGGCUUUGCUCUCGAGGCUCGUCGCCAGGCCAGAGGCGAUCAGAAAUCCAACCACAAACCACUUCUUACGAACAAUAUCACCCGUAACCGCUAGCAAGGAGGGAUAAUUCCGUCGAAAUUGGCCUGCAGAGUUUCCCAUCGAUGGCAGCGCCGCCACCAACCGGUGGAAACUAGAAGCCCAGCAAUCGACGCGCGCAACGCCGGUAAACAUGUCUUUCGAUCCUGGCAGGAUAUCCAAGGCCGACGCGGCCGCAUAUUCAUCCUCCGACGAUGACGACCAAGAGGAAGACGAGUACUUGCAUCCGUCCGUUGACCCACGCGCCGACGAAUUUCUCGACUUUAACCCUCGCAAGCGAAGGCGAACCGGUCGCGACGCGAAAGAGAGUGCCGCGUUAGGAAUAUUCGGCUCCGAGAGCGAGGACGACGGUCCCGGGAAGAGAUGGAAAUCUAAGAAGGACCUGCGACACAAGAACAUGUCCUUCGUUUCUGCUGGCCAAGAAAACCCGAACCAGAAUUUGGAGGAAGACCGGGACGAAGAUGACGAAGAUGACGAACUCGGUGACCAUCCUGGCCUGGGGGCUAAGCCUAAGCCUGCUGCUUCCCAUUUGCCAGCGGCCGAAGAAGAAGAAGAAGAAGAAGAAGAUUACGACGACGAAGAGAUGGCUGGGGGAGGCCUAGGACUUGGAGCCUCGACGCGGGGAUUCGGCUCAGCGCGGCCGACUCAGUUCCCGUUCGCACCAGCCGCAGAUACACCAAGCAAACCGCCCAAAUUAAAGUCAACCUACGACGGAAGUACGCCGCUGGGAAGAGGCUUUGUUCCCUCCUCCGCACGCGAGCCUGUCCUAAAGGCGGAUCUUAGCGAUGCUCCGCCGGCAACCCAGACCCCCAAGCCCAGCGCCUUCGGUAGGGGAGGGAAAGCCAAGUCCUUCGCGGCGCGCAUCAUGGCGCAGAUGGGUUAUGUGGAAGGCCAAGGUCUCGGUGCCGAAAGCCAAGGCCGAAAUAUCAUCAUAGAGCCAACUCUGCGUCCGCAGGGUGUCGGUCUAGGCGCCGUCAAAGAAAAGUCAGCACAGGAACGCAAGGAAGAGAAGCGACAGGCCCGCAUGAGAGGAGAGGACGUCGUUGACUCGGACGAAGAAAGGAAAAAGGCGAAGCAGAAGAGGAAGAAGGGUUUAAUCAACGGCCCCGGCAGCGGAGCGAGCACCCCGAGAAAGCCCAAGACGAAGUACCUGACUGUCAACGACAUGCAGAAAGCCGCACCUGGCCUCCACAUACCCGACGCUUUUGCUCCUAUCUUGGAUAUGACCGGCCGUGACCAGAAAUUACUCACAUCCAGCUCCGGUCUGUUGACACCCACUACCGGUACCGAAGUAGUCUCGCAAACGGAAUCGCAGAAGCUAGCAAGGCGCGCUCAAGGUGACCUCACGGCGUUUGUAGAAGAAUGGAAGGGCCUCGAAGAGCGAAAGGCGUGGCUAGAUAUGGAAACCGUUCAGCGCCGACAAGAGCUCGACGAACUUGAGAGCGACUUCUCGGGGCUUAGCAUAUUCUCCUCCAUCCUGGAGGGAGUGGGUCAGGCUGCCCGUAACAGAGAGUGGGAUCUCGUGAUUUCCGGGCUGAAAGAGGCUGAGGCUUCGACGUCGACCCACGGCGAUGAGGAGCUAGCAGCGAUCGCUGUAGCCGCCAUUCAUCCCUUCCUCCGCGAUGCGGUCCAAGGCUGGCAACCCUUAGAUGAUCCCAAGCUGGGCAGUUUCGCGUCAGAUCUUUCCAGUAUUCGCGGCAUCCUCGGCCUCAAUGCCAAAGCGCUCAACGGAAGCGCCGUUACAAAGUGGCAGGACGCCGAGAUUGAUGGCACCCAUCGCCAUCACAUAAGGUCAGCAACGCCCUGGGAGAGUAUGAUUUACCAAAUUGUAUUCCCCAAGAUCGUCACCGCCAUUUCUCAAACAUGGGAUGUUUACCACGCAACGCCUCUCCUCGCCGUCUUUGACAAGUGGGAACAGCUUUUCCCCCCCUUCGUCCGAGCACAAUUGUUGGAACAAGUUGUCAGGCGACUAGAUGACGCUGUCAGCAGCUGGAAGCCCAAGAAGAGGCACGAAAACCUGCACUACUGGCUUUUCCCCUGGCUCCAGCAUCUUCCCGCUCAUCAUCUCGAGCCCAAGGGGACCGGCCUCGUGGCUGAUGUAAGGCGCAAGUUCAGACAGCUCAUCGACGGAUGGGACUUCUCGAAAGGGGUGGUGCAGGGCCUCAGGCAGUGGAAGGACGUACUUCGCCCAACUCGGGAACAAGAUCAGUGGAAGCCGUUGGUCAUGCACCAUGUCCUCCCGAGCAUGGCCCGAUACCUGCGCGCAAAUUUCCGCGUGGAUCCGAGCGACCAAGAGCCCUACCUAGAGAUGCUUAACGGUGUUCUCAAGUGGACGGAUGUGAUAUCCACCUCUAUGGUAGGAGAGGUCAUAGUUUCGGAGGUGUUCCCUAUGUGGCACGAGAUUCUAUACCAGUGGCUUACCAGUACGGAAGCAAAUUACGAAGAAAUCGGCAUGUGGUAUGAAUGGUGGAAGGAUCAGGUGUUCCCGGCCGAAAUAGCAUCUCUGCCGAGCGUCGCGGCCGAGUUCGAAAAAGGCACAACCACGAUCGAGACUGCUCUCGACCUCGGCGCCGACGCCAAGGCCAAACUUCCUCGGCCAGACGGCCGCCCUGCUUAUCAGUCGAAGUCGCGUUCUGACAAGCCAAAAGUUGACGGCAAGCCCAAACCAGUACAUGCAGCAUCUCAGCCUUGGGAGAAGCCCGAACCCACAUUCCGCGACGAAGUGGAUAGUUGGUGCCAGGAGAACGAUCUUCAGUUUAUCCCUAUCCGUAAGGCCAACGAAGAGGGCAAGCACUACUUCCGCAUCACGGCUCGCAUGGAUGGCAAGGGAGGCGUGUUGGCAUAUUUUCGAGGUGGCGGCCUCCUAGUUGUGGAAUCGAGAAAGACAAAUCUCGAACUGAAACGAGACGUAAAGGACGAUUGGGGCCUCCUGCUCGAUCCCCUCUACCGAGAAGUCGAGCAGGGCGGGAGAAGGUGAGACCAACAACAAUUUGUUUGCAUCAAGAAGAUCCUCAGCAUGAACGUCAAGUCCGGAGACGAGACAUCGAUAAAUCUGCGGAUCAGUUGCGUCGUCUAGCUCUCUCCCGCUGAGACAAUGCUCAUGCACCUGUCGUAGGUAGUAUAAGGUCGAGCAUAGGAGAGAAGCCAGAGAGCGCAGAGUCGCGAAUAUAACACAGCUGUGCGAUAUAAACAUGUCCCCAGGUCUCCGAUAACUCCUAUCCGCUAACGCGCAGCAUAACGCCGACCUGUCAUCGAUAAUGUUCCAAGCGUACCUACCAAGCGAAGGUUGCUAUCCCAUUGCCAAGGUCCAAAUGCGAGAUGGAGAGCCAGGAGAGGUAAAAGGCACCUUUCACAGGCGCUUCCCUUCGUAGUUCUAUUUCCACGGUAGGGGUAGAACGUACAUGCAUUCUUCCUAACCGUGAACGG